CAGGUAAAAUGUGAACAGGCAGAUGAUAAUGGACUGCAGUGGAAUUCUCCACCCAUAUUCGGAAAUGUCCCGCCCCCCUUGGGUUAAGAUUGGCUGAGAGAACUGGUCGAACGCUUGCGAGCAUGAACUACUAGCCAAUCAGUGCCCAGGAGGGCUGAAUACAGGCGGAAAUAAAAGGACAGCGCGUGUGUGCGGAGAGGUUGCUGCUGAGUGAAGUACACACAAACAACAGUGUCCACUAAAUCAACGCUAAUGAGUCUUGAGGGCCAGUAACAUGGGAAACACUGCUGGGUCCCAUCUGUUCCAGACUCCCUCCACCUCCCCCACAUCACCAAGCCCACCCAGACUGCUCUCUUCAUCUUCUGCACUGACACUGCAGACUUCAUUUCAUGCUGUGACCCAGGAGAACACGUUUUCAGCAAACAGUGCUCAGAGGGAAUCUCCUGUUUUAGGGGACUCUGUAUCUCCAACUGGAGCGAGUCAGAGACCACCUCAGUGUGCAGGGCAGCCAUGUUUAAGAGGGGAUGUGGAGGCAGUGCAGGAAAUGGCCUUGUCUCUGAUCAGACUGCUAGAACAACACGGAGCAUCUUUGGGACUGGGUUCAGGACCUGGCACUGGAGCUGGAGCAGCAGUGCUGCUGAAAUGUUUGCUGGCAGAGAGGGAGAAGAUGGUGGCAGAGAUUCAAAGUCUUAAGGAGACACUAAAGACAGAGCAAGCAGAAUGGGAUCAGUUUCAGUCUGACCUGCAGGUGGCCGUGUCCGUGGCUGAUCGUUUGAGGCUGGAGGCAGAUGAGGCCCUUAGGAGCCUGAGAGACACACACACUCACACACAGCAGCGUUUAACCGAAGCCAUGCACAGACAAGACCAGACAGAGAGAGAGCUGGAGAGUGUGAGGUCCGAACUGGCAGAAACUCAGCACACACUCCACACACUCUCUACAGAGCAUCAGAAGAAGCUGGCUGAGCUGGACAUGUUUGUGCAGAGGAGCAGAAUCAAACUCAGCAAAGAGCAGCAGACCCUGGAGAGCGGUCAGGCUGGAGCAGAUAAAGAAAAGAGAAAUCAGGGAACAAUAACAGAACAGAGGUGUGAGAUGUUUUUGGAUGGAGAUGGAGACUGGAACCCAGUAGAGACGCUGGAGCUAAGAGGUGCUGAAGAGAUGGAGCAGCAUGCAUUAAAAUCAGUGGAUCUGCUGAAAACUGAAGAGAUAGAAGAAACUGAGGUCAGGAAGAUGGAGGAAGACAGCUGUGUAAGAGAGCCACAGAAGAUUAUGAUGCUGUCUGAGAGGUCCAGGAGUCUUUCUCAGAUCCCUCUGCCAACUUCCUCAUCCUCUGUCCUGCAUGGGAGCUCCGUAAGCCUCACCACCACAGCAAGUCCAGUAAAGAGUCAGGAGGUGGUGAAAGGGAGAAGAACCGACUGGCUGUUACAGAGACAGGACAGUUGGUCCAGAGGCCUCAGAGGUAAACAGGAAGGAGAACCUGGCUCUGACUCAUCAUCAGUCUCAAGCAGCAAGAUUGGGCCUCAGGAUGGUUUCAGUUUGCUGCUGCGGCGGCACGGCGGCUCCAGGAGAAACUCUUUACUUCGCUGGAGUCAAAGCCGCACACAAGGAUACAAGAACAUAGAAAUCACAAAUUUUAGCAGCAGCUGGGAGGACGGUCUGGCCUUUUGUGCACUUUAUCACUCCUACCUACCCACCCACGUACACUACAGCUCUCUGAAGGCUGAAGAGAAGAAGCAAAAUCUGGAUCUAGCCUUUCAUACUGGUGAAAAUGUUGGAAUUAAAGCUACGCUGACGGUGGAAGAGAUGCUGAGGGAGGAUGGCCCUGACUGGCAGAGGGUUCUGGGAUAUGUAGAAAGCAUGUAUCGACAUUUUGAGAUGUGAGAUCAUUAGUUAAGCUUCAUCCUUCUCUUUAAGUUCUAAUUUGCCAAACAGAGGCCAGUAGUAAGAUUGUGGUGUUUGAGGACUGUUAUCCAGUGCGAGUUACAUUUCUUCAGUUAGCUAGAAGCACUUUAUUGCAGUGUAACGGAUGUGGCAACACACCCCUGACAAUCUUUUAAUAAGAAAAGAUUUUGACAUUUUUAAAAAAAGGUUAAAUUCCUCUAAACGCUCCCUCACAGAAGUUACACCAAAUAUUAUAAAUACACUACCUGAUGUCUGAGACACUGUUUACCAUAGUUUUGAGAUUAGGUUUUAUCCCACAGUGGAGAAUUACAAGCAG